AGAGGAAAUCUGGAACAUUUCCGGACUUUUAUUUUGAAGCUCAGCAACUGAUCUGCACCGGAAGCUGUAGUCCUGACGGCGGCUAACUUCCCCCUCUGACCAAGAUGGCGUCUCUCGGAAAGCAGUGUUAGCAGAGGGUCUUUGUUGUGUUAGAAAGAGGUAAAAUGUGUAAAGUCCAGAUGCUGAGAGCGUUGGUGGAGCAGCGACUAACUGCGGCUGCUGAAGAGAUAUUUGGGCUGUUUGAAAGAACGAUAGCAGAGUACGAGGAGGAACUUUGUCGUUCAAAAGAGGAGAACGAGCGACAACGGGAACUACUGGACGCUGUUUUCAACCCUCAGCUCCGGGUCCACAGACCAGAUGGAGAUGGUUAAGGAAGAUGUUUCCCCUGAGCAGAUGGCGUGUAGCUUCAGUGUGGACCAGGAGGAGCCAGAGACCCCCCCACACAUUAAAGAGGAACAGGUGGAACUGUGUGUUAGUCAGGAGGGAGAGCAGCUUCAAGGGCUGGAGGAGGUUGAUAUCACCAAGUUCCCAUUCACUCCUGUUCCUGUGAAGAGUGAAGAUGAUGAAGACAAAGAUGUGCAGCAGCUGUUGGUGGUUAAAGAAGAGGUUCCCGCUGAGCAGCAGGAAUGUUCCUCCAGUGUUGAGCCAGAUGCCCCCCCACACAUUAAAGAGGAACAGGAGAAAUGGUGGAUCAGUCAGGAGGGAGAGCAGCUUCAAGGGCUGGAGGAGGCUGACAUCACCAAGUUCCCGUUCACUCCUGUUCCUGUGAAGAGUGAAGAUGAUGAAGAGGAAGAUGUUAAGCAGAUGAGGUUCCCCCUGAGCAACAAGACUGUAGCUCCAGAGUGGACCAGGAGGAGCCACGCCCCCCCACACAUUAAAGAGGAACAGGAGGAACUGUGGAGCAGUCAGGAGGGAGAGCAGCUUCAAGGGCUGGAGGAGGCUGAUAUCUCCAAGUUCCCAUUCACUCCUGUCCCUGUGAAGAGUGAAGAUGAUGAAGAGGAAGCUCAGUCCUCACAGCUUCAUCAGAGACAAACUCAACACAUGGAAACAGAAGCUGAUGUAGAUGACUGUGAUGGACCAGAACCAGCCAGGAACUCGCAUCCACUUUUACAACCAGAGACUGAAGACCAGACUGGAGACUCUUCUGAACCUGAGACUGAUGACAGUGGUGAUUGGAAGGAGACCAGAGAACCUCAGUCAGCUUCAAACUCUCUGAAAGAUGGUUCAAGAUCUCCUAGCCGCUAG